UCGAGAGGUAUAAAAGCUGAUCGUUGUCACUGGUAAAGGCAUCAGUUCAGUUCUCACUUCUGUUCUAGCUACUUCAAAAUGAAAUUCCUUUCGGUUGCCUUCCUGCUCGGCCUUUUGGCUCUGGCUAGCGCCACUCCUCUGAAUCCUGGCAAUGUGAUUAUCAACGGAGAUUGCCGGGUCUGCAAUGUCCAUGGCGGAAAGUAAGGCGGAAAUACUCAACUACUUGGCGCGACUUCGGCAUUAAGAUGGAAUAUAUAUACAAAGCCAUAAAUCAGUUUUUCAUUGGAUUGAUUAUAAUAAAAUUCCCACGCUAAUCUAUAUAUACCUACA